AUGGUGGUUCCUCCUAGUGUGGGCAGUGCAACCACUACCACCGCCGUUACACUACCACCCGAGACAGCCUUGCCAGAUGUCGACACGCCAGCGACACUUGAAGGGAAAGCAAAGGCCGCAGAACGCUUGACGGCACCAGGAACAUUGAACGGUCCACCAUCUGGCAAUAAUCAUGCCAUACCACUCAGUGCACGCCGAGCAGAGCCUCUCGACCUCUCGACCGUUGAACGCCGAGGCUUCCCGACUGAGCAGCCUGAACGUCCACAAACGAAUCGCAUGUUCGGCAUACCCGAGGCACCAGUUUACUAUCCGACUGAGGAGGAAUUUCGAGAUCCGACGGAGUAUAUGCGGAAGAUUGCGCCGGAAGGGAGCAAGUACGGCAUCAUCAAAAUCGUCCCUCCGCAGACUUGGAACCCGGCAUUCGCAAUCAACACCGAGCGUUUCCACUUCCGAACUCGACGUCAAGAGCUCAAUUCAGUCGAAGGCGGCAACCGCGUGAACAAUGACUACCUCGAUCAACUCGCCAAAUUCCACAAGCAAAAUGGACAUAACCUCAAUCGCUUCCCAAGUGUCGACAAGCGGCCGCUUGAUCUAUAUCGGCUCAAGAAGACAGUCGAACGCAAGGGAGGGUUUGACUCUGUGUGCAAAGGCAAGAGAUGGGCCGAAGUAGGACGAGACCUGGGAUACAGCGGGAAGAUCAUGUCAUCGCUAUCUACAUCGCUCAAGAACUCGUAUCAGAAAUGGUUGCUGCCAUACGAGGAAUACCUUCGCGUGGCAAAGCCUGGUGUACACCAGCAGCUGGAAUUGAUGAAUGGCGGUCCAUAUACACCCUCGCCAAACCCAUCGCCGAUCAAGAGACAACCGCCGCUCACACCUUCGGGUAUGCAGGACACUCCACCAACCAUGCAAGCUCACACUGCUUUACACGCUUCAAUGAGUGGCGAGGGCACCCCGCAACCACCUCGAUCGACCGAAAGUUCACAGCCGCCCCCUCCGCCACCGCCUCAAUUCAGUACCGGAGGGUUUACGCCUGUCAACGCCGGUGGCUUCACGCCUGUCAAUGCACCUGCCCAUGCAGCACCACCUCCACCGCCAGCAGCACUUACGCCCGUCGCCUCUUUUACAUCUGUCAACGGCGCAAAUGGCUUCGUGCACUCAAAUAGCGCAACACCGCAGCAUGUGGCUGCCACGCCACCCGCUUUCAAUCCUGAUCAAGCAUCUUUCAUGCCUGCUGUGUUUGGGGUCCCUUCGCUGAAGCGACAACAUAGCGACGCUGUCCUUAGUGCGGAAGAAAUGGACGCUAUUAGCCGCCGAUCGAAGAGGUUGCGGAGAGAUAUUCCAACUGUCGCCGGUAGCAACAUGCAUCACUCAAGCCAUGCUCGGAUGUCCGGCGGCCGAUCAUCGACACCACGCGAACGAGGCGAUCAUAAAUUUGGCGAGGCGUGCGAGCUUUGCCUGAGGAGUGACGAGGAGAGCAAGAUCUUACGAUGCGAUAGCUGCGAUGCUGCGUACCACAGUCACUGCUUGGAUCCGCCAGUCAAGCAGAAGCCAGACUACGAGUGGCAUUGUCCGCGCUGUCUGGUCGGUUCCGGCGAGUAUGGAUUCGAGGAAGGCGACGUCUACUCACUUAAUGGGUUCCAGAAGAAAGCCACCGAGUUCAAGCGGAACCACUUCCAGAAUAUACCACGACAGUUCAGUCCGUUCAAUGAGAACAAGCGUACCCUGGACGAGGUAGAUGUCGAGCGCGAGUUCUGGCGACUUGUGGAUGAGCUGUCAGAUACUACGGAAGUCGAGUAUGGAGCCGAUAUCCACUGCACGACUCACGGUAGUGGCUUCCCGACGAUCGAAAAGCAGCCUCGAGAUCCUUACUCCUCAGAUCCCUGGAAUUUGAACAUCUUGCCGUUGGACAAGGAAUCACUGUUCCGUCACAUCCAGUCUGACGUCUCUGGCAUGACGAUCCCUUGGCUUUAUGUCGGCAUGUGCUUUUCGACUUUCUGCUGGCAUAAUGAGGACCACCUCGCAUACUCGGCUAAUUACCAGCAUUUUGGUCAGACCAAGACGUGGUACGGUGUGCCAGGUGAGGACUCGUACAAGUUUGAGGAGGCCAUGAAAGAAGAACUACCAGAGUUGUUCGAGACUCAGCCGGAUCUGCUGUUUCAGCUCGUCACACUCGCCCGUCCAGACAAGCUUCGCAAAGCCGGUGUGCGGGUAUAUGCGAUUGAUCAGCAUGCUGGACAAUUCGUCAUCACCUUCCCACGCGCAUACCAUGCAGGCUUCAACCACGGCUUCAACUUCAACGAGGCCGUCAACUUUGCCCCGCCUGACUGGGAGCCUUUCGGUGAAGAAGGCGUGGAAAGGCUGCGAGGGUAUCGGAAGCAGCCGUGCUUUUCACACGAUGAGCUACUCCUGACUGCUGCAUCCCGCGACCACACAAUCAGAACUGCAAAGUGGCUUGCAUCCGCCAUGGAACGCAUGCGCGAUGAGGAGUUGGCUGCUCGCAAGCAGUUUCUCGAGGGUCCGCAGUUGGAGCCCGCGGCAGCGAAGGAGGCGCAACAAUUUUCGCCAAGGUAUUCGGCUGAACCUGGACUCAUUGGUCCACAGACCGAGGAAGAUGAAGAGAUCUGCGCCUUCUGCAAGGCGUAUUGCCACCUGUCACGGUAUAGAUGCAAGAAGACUGGGAAGACGCUAUGCUUGCAGCACGCUGGAGGCUACGAAUGCUGCGACGCGCCAGAGACGGAACGAUACUCGGCUCAGCAGGGCGAGCAUGUCUUGCAAUAUCGCAUGACAGACGAGGCCCUGGCGGCGACUGUGCGGAAAGUGGUUGACAAAGCGAAUAUACCAGAGACGUGGGCAGCGAAGGUUGACAGUGAGCUCGACGAGAAUGCACGACCAUCGCUGAAACACCUGCGCACGCUGCUUGCGGAAGGCGAGAAGAUCCAAUUUGACCUGUCGCAGCUUCCCGAUUUGCGAAGGUUUGUGGAGCGGUGUAACGAGUGGGUCGAGGACGCGACCAAUUACAUCACGCGCAAGCAACAGAAUCGGCGGAAGAAUGAGAAGGCUUGGCGCAAAGGCACUGCGAAGGCUGCAGAGCUCGAAGAACGCGAUAAGGAAUUGCGAAAGGUGGAGAAUAUCCGCACGCUGCUGCAGAAGGCGGAUGAGAUCAGCUUCGACUGUCCUGAGAUCAACACGCUACGCGAACGCGCGGAGAAUAUCGCCGAGUUCCAACGCGACGCGAGCACCGCCCUCAACAACAUUCGCGUGCACACUACUGUUGACUUUGAAGAACUCAUGGAGCGCGGUAGGGAGUUUCACGUCGACAUUCCCGAGAUUGACAAUCUCGAGCGCGUCGUCAAGCGCCUGAGGUGGGACGACACGGCCAAGAUCAAGCGGCCGAACAUCGAGACGCGUCGCCAAGACCAGACCCUCAAGGACAUUGAGAAGUUCCUCGCAGAAGGUGCAGAGAUUGGCGUGCCCGAUACCAAUCCUGACCUGCUCUUCUUCCGCGAACACAAGGCGCAGGGCGAGCUGUGGGAGCAGAAGGCGAAAGAGCUCAUGGCCGUUGAGCAGGUCCACUAUCAGCAGCUCGACUCUCUGGCCACGCAAGCGACUACCCUCCCCGUUUCUGCUGAGACACUUGCCGCCGUCGACGCGAUACUCAGGAAGCAGCGCGAGGUUCAGGAGAAGAUCGCGGCCUUGGUCGAGCAGAGCAAGAAUCCAGAGUUCAGACAGCGACCGACCUACGACGACCUUCGCGCGGUCAUGCGAGCACUGGAAGAGCUGCAGAGCAAACCCACCGGCACGAUUGAGCUGGAGAAGCUGCAGAAACAGCAUGAAGAUUGGAUGCGCGAAGGCAAGAAACUGUUUGGCAAAGCCAAUGCACCCCUCCACAUCCUCCACCAGCACAUGAUGAUCGUCAACCUCCGCAACGAAUCCUGCUUCGACCUCACCGACAAACCUAGAAUGCCUGUCGAGCCCUCCUCGCGCGAACCGACUCCCGAGGAUGCGAGGCCGAUAGCAGAUGGGAGCAAUUCUAGCAGAGAUGUCUUCUGCAUCUGUCGCAAGUCCGAGGCUGGGAUGAUGAUCGAAUGCGAGAUCUGUCAUGAGUGGUAUCAUGGCAAGUGUCUGAAGAUUGCGCGCGGCAAGGUCAAGGAGGACGACAAGUAUACCUGUCCUAUUUGCGACUGGCGGGUCAAGAUUCCACGUGAUGCUGCGAGACCGAAGCUCGACGAUCUGCAGAACUGGCAGGACAAGCUUGAGACGUUACCUUUCCAGCCUGAGGAGGAGAAGGUUUUGGCUGGCAUUUGCGAGUACGGAAGCGAGUUCCGGCACUUCAUGAAGACGCUGAUCAAUCCCGAAAACCCGAUCACACAUGAAGAAGUCAACACACUCCGCUUUUACCUCCGCAAGAUUGAGGGUGCAGAUAUCCUCCUUGCCGACGAGACCAACUUCCUACGCCAGGAGUUGCAUAAAUGGGCGCCCGUCGCACCAGAGCCGCCACCAAGGAUGGACGCUUCUGGCUCGACUCGCAAGCCCAGACCGACAAAGCAGCAGAAACUCAUGGCGCAGCUGGGCAUCACUAAUCCCGACGAGCUCCCGCAGCAGUACAAGAUCAAGCCACAUAUUGCCAAGCGGAAAGCCUCGGAGUCGAUGGGUAAGACUCAACCACUCCAGCCUGCAAAUACUUCCUCUCUGUCUCCAGUCGGCAGCGUACCACCGUUCACCCCAGGCUCCUCCAUCGGACCUACCGGCGAAGCAGCAGUCAAGAAGUUCCUCACCCCACUCGCCAUCCAAGUCAUGGGCGAGUACGCUGGUGCGCCAGUAGUCAGCGAGAUGCUCCGUGCCGAGCCUCAUAUGAACAGCGAGAAACUGCUCAAGAUGAAGCUGGUCCUUAUGCACGAUCCUUCGACCCGCGAUGCCGACACCGAUGCCAUGCGUAAGCGUAUAGCAAACCUUACUCCCUCGCAAAUGACGCCGGUGUUUGAUUACGGCACGCAACCGCAUCGCAAUUCGGUGCAGGCCAAUUCUGCCGUGACGUCUUCGUAUCAAGAUGCGCCGCUCUUCUCCACCGCUAGCGAAACGAAUCCGAUCGACGCUGCACAUGCCGCUCCCCUCGGCUCGCCAACCACUUUCUCCAAUCUAGACUUUCAGUCCCGCGCGACACCUCCAGCUCCCUCCUUCGAUACUCAUAUCUUCGACGGCGCCGGCGGUUCCAUCUUCGACAGCCCCAGUGCCAACGAGGCCAAGCAGGGCAGUGGUGGUGGGAUCAUGAGUCCGCAUCCGCAUUUCGACGGCCGACCCAGUAGUAGCAUGUUCGAUAGCCCUAAGCCUGCUAACGGCAUCAUGCACUCUGGCCUCGGACUUGGGAUGGGUAUGGGUCUGGGGAGUCCGAGUGGGUUUGGAGGUAGUCAGCAUAGUCUUGGUGGUCCCGGUGGCAUUGAUAAUGUCUUUGAUGAUCUGGUUAAUGACCAUGAUGGGGUUUCUAAUCUAGACGGUACAGGGGAUGAGAGGCCGCCGCACGUUGACGAGAAUAUGGUGGAGGCUGAGAAGGCGAUGGAAAACAUUGUUGGGAGUACUGAGGUCGGCAGUGAGCAGAAGCAGGAAGACGUGCAGAUGCCUGAUGCUGUUCCUGAGAGUGCACCGGAGCCGAUGGCGGAGAGAGCGGAUGUGGACUCUGCUGCCAAGGAGGAGGAUAGCAUGAUGGAGAUGAUUAAUACCUGA